AUGGAAGGCUCCAACGGAUUUGGGAUCGACUCCAUCCUGUCCCACCGAGCGGGGAGCCCGGCGGUGCCCAAAGGAGACCCUCUGAUGGGGGAGUGCAGGUCCCCCCUGGAACUAAGCCCCGGCUCGGAAGUCAGCAGCGGGUGCCCGUCUCCCCACUCGCCGGGGAAGGAAUGCCUGGAGACGGUGGCCCCCAGGCAAGGGGUGGCCGUGGGCUUGGAAUCUCACCUCCAGCCGGGGCAGGGCUCGGCUCCUUCCCAAUCCAGAACAGUGACCUCGUCUUUCCUAAUCAGGGACAUCCUAGCCGAUUGCAAGCCCCUGGCAGCCUGCGCGCCUUACUCUAGCACCAAUGCACAGAGCGGCCCGGAGCCGGCGGGGCGAAUCCCCGCCAAACCCGGGGAGGACUUUCGAGAGAAAAUGGACAAAAGUAGCAGCAACGCCUCGUCGGACUCGGAGUACAAAGUGAAAGAAGAAGGGGACCGAGAAAUCUCCAGCUCCAGGGACAGCCCCCCGGUGAGGCUGAAAAAGCCCCGCAAAGCUCGCACCGCCUUCACCGAUCACCAGCUGGCGCAGCUGGAGCGGAGCUUCGAGAGGCAGAAAUACCUGAGCGUGCAGGACAGGAUGGAGCUGGCGGCCUCCCUCAACCUCACUGACACCCAAGUGAAAACGUGGUACCAGAACAGAAGGACCAAGUGGAAGAGGCAGACAGCGGUGGGACUGGAGCUACUGGCAGAAGCUGGGAAUUAUUCGGCCCUCCAGCGAAUGUUCCCAUCUCCCUAUUUCUACCCGCAGAGCUUGGUCUCCAACCUGGAUCCGGGAGCGGCCCUCUAUCUGUACCGGGGCCCCAGCGCCCCUCCCCCGGCUUUGCAGAGACCUUUGGUACCCAGGAUCCUCAUUCACGGACUGCAGGGGGGUAGCGAGCCGCCCCCACCUUUGCCCCCCCUGGCAGGCGUCCUUCCGCGAGCGGCUCAGCCGCGGUGA